GCAAACGGAGGCGGCGUUGUCGCAACGGAUAUGCUGACCGGAAAUGCUCUGAGCGGGCGGGAACUUGAAAGUAUUAUUUUUUAUUUACCAAUGUGAUUAUUACGUUUAGUUUCUGUGUAAUAAAGAAAAGACCCUUAUUUUCAAGCGGGGACAGAGCUGGUGCAGCGAUCAUAAUCCUUCACUUGUGGUGUGCGAUUUAAGCUAAACACGCCAACUGACACCACAAUAAAGCUUGUUGCUAGCUUUAGCUAGCUCGCUUCGAGUUUUUUUUUUGUCAAUAUGGCGGAUAGAAGUCUUGUCAAAGAUUUGAAACGCUGGGCGACAGAUGAGUUUUGUUUGCCUCCAGACAGUCUACCUAAUGACAACUACUUUAAAACGCUGUGUGUUGGUAGUGGGAAGUCAAUAUGGAAAUACAUAAUCCAACACGUUUUUCAACAAAGGAAUGUGAGGAUCAUGCGUGGAAAUAUUCAGUGGUACAAAGUACUUCAAGACAAAGAGUUGAAGCAGGCUGAAGGCCAGAGUGAGGCUGCAAAGCAAAGAGAGCUUCAGAAGAAGAUAGAGCAGCUGAAAGCUGAGAUCAGUCACCUGGACUCUCAGAUCAGUGGAUCAGAAGAACAGCUGACCAGCCAAGAGCAAUCUAUCAGUCACAUUUGGGCCCAAAAGGAGGACAGCCAGUGCAGAGAGCUGCUUCUGAAGGCCUUCAGACAACGCUGCAGCUUGGGCUGUAAGGUUCUCUCUGAUGACAUGCAGAAAGUCAGUGACCACUGCCAGGUGCUGGACCAGAUUGCAAGGGAAGCAGAGAUUCAGGUGAUGUUUGAUGAUGAGCCAUCCAGCAGCAAAGAUGACAACAACCUCAACUCCAAAGCAGCAGCAGAGGCACAAGUCCUGCAUGACCUCAGAGAGCUGUGUGAAGACAGAAUUCACUUCUACCAGUCUUUACAAGCGAGCGAACUGAAAACGCAGCACUCUGCAGCCAAACAUAUGAGUCGUGAACAGAGGACUGCUGUGUUUCAUUACUGGCUGAGUACUGCUGAGAAAGUGUUGGGCGGUUACCCUCCAAACCAUGUUCUACAAGCACUGCAGUAUUUGGCUUCAAGGGAGCAAAAGGAACUCGAAGAAAAGAUAGCUGCUCUGGAUGUGAUGCAGGAUGUGACGGCUCUGCGGUUUAGAUAUGAAAGCAAUCACCUUCUGGAUAUCUCAGCAGAAGAGGAUGAUGUGUUGCCACCUGUUAAGACCCUCUUAGAGGCUGCUUGGGAAGAGGUGCAGCAGAGUUUGGUAGAGCUGGCCCAAACUCGUUUCAGAGUCCAGCAGCUCAAAAACCAGUUGCAGAUUCGUAAGGAGGAGGCUGAGCAUGAGGUGUCUGGUGUUUCUGAUGAGUUCCACAAUGAUUCCUUGGCACUCUCAACCCUCGAAAUGGAGCUGCAGCAUGUGAUGCAGACAGCAGCUCGGGAUUAUAUUAGAGACCGCUGCAUCCAGCUCGACCAACAUGCCAAAAGCCGUCAGGAGGCACUAAGAAAUUUACGCAGCCAGUGGCAGAGUAUUUUGGACUUCAGAGACCUAGUGGUCCUCAAACAGGAGCAGAUAAGAGGUCUGAUUAAAGGAAACUCAGCAGCCAAGACACAGCUGAUCCAUCUGCAUAGAGAGUUGCAGGACUUCAUUGAAGGCAAGCUUGUGCCGCAGUUUGAUGGCGUCAUCACAGCAGCCAACAGUUUAAGAAACUCUAUUUCAAAGGAGGUCCGACAGUUUGGGACAGUUUCUUUUAAUUCUUUGGACCGCAGGACUGUUGAUGGAAUGCAAAGAGUUCCUGCAUCAUGGUUGUCCAUCCAUCGCUUGCAGUCUCCAAGCUUCAGCAACUUGUGUCAGAGCCUGGCAUUCCCUCUGUACAAGGCUCCAGAGGAGUUGUGCUCCCUGUCGCGGUCUCAACAGCUUGAGUUGCGUUUUCUUCAUCAAUUACUGGAGCUUUACUCUGCUACUCUGCAGAGAGUGCAGAAGGAAGCAGAACAGCUGCAUGUAUCUGAUCAAAAAGCUCUGUUGUCCAGAGUCAGAGAGGAGGAUCAGAACCUUUUGAAGGCUUUGCUACCGAGAGCCAGAGGUCUCACUCAGCGCUGUGCACAAGGCCUUUCUUACGGAGACCAAGUCAAAGCCGCCAUCUCUUACUGGUGGGAUAAACCAGCCCAGCAUGUCCUGACUGAGGUCUGUAGAGGAGGUCUGACUUACCAGCAGUGGCUUCAAAGGUGGAAACUAGCUGCCAAACCAUCUUAGUGAACACCUCUUAGUUUCAAAACACAUAACUCUCAGCACCUUUCAUUGAAAAAAUUACUAAACUCCAAUAGUUAAGAGAUGCACAAAAGGUUACAUUUCUUUUUCCCCUAUGUCUUUCAUUCUCAUUAUUACUCUUGUUUUAUCAUGUGAAAGUCAAUAAAGAAAUUUAAAUGAAAA